CGGAGCCGGGGGAGGGGGCAGCGGCUGAUAGAAGGACCGCGGCGGUGCCCGCAGCUCCUCACGGGUGAGGGCGCUGGGCGAGGACUCGGGGUCCCGGGCGUGGGGCGUCGAGAAGACAGGUCCUGGUAUGGGGGUUGGGACACCGAGGGCCCACAGUCUCCUCUGCCUGAGGGAUGCGGGGCCUGGGAGCUCGGGGUCUGCCAGGUGCUGGGUGUCUGCGACGAGGGUCGGGGUGGGUCGGGUCGGAUUGGGUUGCGCCGGGCGGAGGCGUUUCUGAGCAGGCCAGCCAGCCAGCUGGGGUGACAUCACCGACCCCCUCCCCCGCGCGAACCCCCUUCCUUCCUUUCCCCGCCGCGCCUUUUGUCCCGGCCAGGCUCGGUUCUGCCCCGCCCCUCCCCGCCCAUCUGCGGGGGAGGAGACUCCCCGUCAGUGACUUCAUUGAGUAGGUUCUUGGGGAUUGGGCUUGGGUCCCCCCAGAGAGGCGCCAGGAGCUCACGGCCUCUCAGGCCCUCAGUAGCACGCCUGUCACAGGUGUACACACGCCGCCACUCAACAAGCACACACUGUCACUUCCAGCCUCACUGUCACACAGCCAUACAGCCACUCGCAUUCAGCCAGACUGCUGUACCUGAGAGCAGGUGGCUCCUGGACCCUCUCCCUGCACUCCGCACCUGGGGACCAGGUCCGGCUCCCGCGGCAGCAGACAGGCCUUGCUGGGCAAGGGCCUAUGAGAAUCUGAGGAGGUGGCUUCCAGAGCUCCAGCGUUCCAAGCAGGCUCCGGUGGAGCGCUCAGAGGCUCGAGGAGCUUUCCGGAGCUUCCCACACUUCUGGGGAGAAGACUUCUUAGCCAGCUUGAUGUUUAAAAUUCAGCUGGAGCCCUUAAAACUUCGAGCGUGGACGCUGAAUGGGUUUGUAAAGUUUCGAAACAAGGAGCCCAGCACCGGUCCAGUGGCUGUGAUGGGAAAAGAUUAUUACAAGAUUCUUGGAAUCCCAUCUGGGGCCAACGAGGAUGAGAUCAAGAAAGCCUAUCGGAAGAUGGCCUUGAAGUACCACCCGGACAAGAACAAAGAACCCAAUGCUGAGGAGAAGUUUAAGGAGAUCGCUGAGGCCUAUGAUGUGCUGAGUGACCCUAAGAAACGGAGCCUAUAUGAUCAGUAUGGAGAAGAAGGCCUCAAGACCGGCGGCGGAACGUCAGGUGGCUCCAGUGGCGCCUUUCACUACACCUUUCAUGGGGACCCUCAUGCCACCUUUGCUUCCUUCUUUGGUGGCUCCAAUCCCUUUGAUAUCUUCUUUGCUAGCAGCCGCUCUACUCGACCCUUCAGCGGCUUUGACCCAGAUGACAUGGACGUGGAUGAAGAUGAGGACCCAUUUGGUGCCUUUGGCCGCUUUGGCUUCAAUGGGCUGAGUAGGGGUCCAAGGCGAGCCCCAGAACCACUGUACCCCCGGCGCAAGGUGCAGGACCCCCCUGUGGUGCAUGAGCUGCGGGUGUCCCUGGAGGAGAUCUACCAUGGCUCCACCAAGCGUAUGAAGAUCACGAGACGGCGCCUUAACCCUGAUGGUCGAACUGUGCGCACUGAGGACAAAAUCCUGCACAUCGUCAUCAAGCGUGGCUGGAAGGAAGGCACCAAGAUCACCUUCCCCAAAGAAGGUGAUGCCACACCUGACAACAUCCCAGCCGACAUUGUCUUCGUGCUCAAAGACAAGCCUCAUGCACACUUCCGCCGUGAUGGCACCAAUGUGCUCUACAGUGCACUGAUCAGCCUCAAGGAGGCGCUCUGUGGCUGCACCGUGAACAUUCCCACCAUUGAUGGUCGAGUGAUCCCUUUACCCUGUAAUGAUGUCAUCAAGCCAGGCACCGUGAAGAGACUCCGUGGGGAAGGUCUUCCCUUCCCCAAGGUGCCCACUCAGCGGGGAGACCUUAUUGUUGAGUUCAAAGUUCGAUUCCCAGACAGAUUAACACCACAGACGCGGCAGAUCCUUAAGCAGCAUCUACCCUGCUCCUAGGCUCUACCCUGGCCAGUCUUGAGCCUACCACAGCAAUACCCCACACUCACCCCAACUCAUGUGGACCCGCCUGGAUGUUCACCGGACACUGGCACUUUUCUAAAAUGAAAAAAAAAAAAAGAAAAAGAAAAAGAAAAAAAAAAAAAAAAAAAAAAAAAAAAAAAAAAAAAAAAAAAAAAAAAGCCACUGAAUUUUCAGGAAAAUGUUCCUGUCCCCAAUCCCUUUCAGAGCUGGGCUGCUUUGGGGGAAUUGGAGGGAGGUGGGGAAAGCUAGCCCAGACCAGGGGUCAAUUUUCUGUCACUAGCUCUAAAUCCAGUUCCCACUGCAGUGGCUGAAGAGUGACUUGAGUGCUACUUGAAGAUAUAGAUUCCUUGUCCAUGCCUGUAAAUAGCAUGUCCUCCACCCCUUUCAGCCUUGCUAACACCCUUCCUCUCCCUUCCCUUUGGCUUCCUCCUGUUUCUGAAGAAAGGAUAGGAAGGAUACCGCUUCCUACCCUGGCCCCAGGUGUGCAGUGUCCAAGGCUACCACACCAGUAUUCAUGCACAUGAAGCACUUGCCUAAAGUCGCCUGUGUCUCUGGGAGACAAGAGAGGAGCGGAGAUAGGGAGGGGAGAGAACAAGGCCAUCCACUGAGCACGAGACACUUUUCAUUUGGGGCAGGGAGGUGAGUGAACACUCAGGAGCCUCCACAACAGCUGCCCUGCCUCCAACCCGCAGAGUUGGAGAAUCUGUCUCCCCAGCUAAGGACGGUUCAAGGGUAGAGAAAAGAAAAAGGGGCUGAACCAUCACAGCUUUGAGGUGGGGCAGGACCCAUCUUCCCACCAUCAUCAGGAAGGAAAAGGGCUUUGGGGUCAGGUGGCAGCUAUUCCCCACCAAGAGAUUCAGGAUCACAGGUUUCUCCCCACAUCUCUGAACUCAGGGCGUAGCCACCCCAAACUUCCAAACCCCACUUUUGUGAUAUGUGAAGCUACUUAUUUCUUACCUUUCUUGGAGGCUGUGUCAGAAGUUUCCAGCCCCCUCUGCUGGUGUGACCCUCACCCCACUCCCACAGUUGUAGAAAAGUCACACAGUGAAGGAGUUGGGAGAAAACUGCUUCAGUGGGUCCUGGGGUGGGGUCUUUAGGGUCUCUCACUUUGACAAGCCCCUGAAUGUUUUUAUAGUAGUUUUUUUUUGUAUUUUUUUUGUAAUGACAGUAUUAUGAAAAGAAAUAAAGUAUUUUAAAAAAUAUGGCCUCUGAGCAGGAGCAGUGACCCUGGGAUUCAGGUAGGAAUGUAGUGGCACUGUCAGCCUCUUUCCAGAGCCUGAUCACCUCAGAAAUGCCAAGCAACCUCAGUAUAAGCCGAAGCUGACCUCUUCUGCUCUGACUUCUUAGAAUUCCAGAACAUAUACCCCAAACAACAAAGCUAGAAGCCACAGGCCAGCUGUCUUCAAAAAAGAUACCCUUGGUUAUGAAAAUCAGAGCCUAGCCUCUCCAGAAGCUGUGUCAACAGGAGAUCUAACAGAUUCAUCUAAACAUUCUCUUUGAAUUACAUUUUAUUCUUCAGAGGGGAUGGAGGACUUCCUAACUGAUGAGAGUAGGCACAGUCCCAAAGACAAAAUUUGGCCACCAAGUGGGCUGGAUCAAUGGCUCAGAAGUUAAGAGCACUUCCUGUUUUUACAGAGGAGCCAAGCUCAGUCCCAGGACAUACAUCAGGCAGCUCACUUAUGCUCAGGGGAACCCCCAAGGUCUGGCCUCCUCAGGAACCUGCACCGUGUGUGUGAUUUUUGUAGUGACAGAACUAUGGCACCCAUUUGCUCAUUCUGUAUGACAAUGUCUUUAGACCUGGCUGCCCUGGACCUUGAACCAGCUUAGCCCCUGGAGUCACACCACCACUUAGCUUCUGACACCGCUCAGCUAGCUCACUGCUCAAGACCAGGGCUAGGACUUGGGAGCUGCAGCCUCCUUGCACCUCACUUCUCCUUGGCCUCCGCUGGACUAUGAAUGAAUUUCCAAAUCUCCAAUAGCCUUCUAAGGAGAAGACUGGAAGGCUGCCCCCUUGGUGAUGCAUCCCCCAACCUCUCUCCUCUUCAUCUGCUGCUUCCAAGUACUGCCCAUCCUCAGCUGCACACAUCACAUGGUGUCCUCUUGUCACCUGGACCUGUCCUCCUGCUGGGUAACUCCAGAUUGCCUCUUGUCCCUGUUCCUAUAAAGUCUGUCCAUGAUACCAUGAGGGGAAAAAAAUGCAUGCUCUUUCUUGAAUUGAGGGUUCCCUUUGAGCCACAGCCCAUAGAAGUCUCGGGUCUCUGGACUUUCCUGCUCACAGAUGAGGACAGGCACUGGGAACCAAGCAUGGGACCUUAAAUGCUCUAGGCAAGUGCUGUCCCUCUUAACUAUACCCUUAGCCUUGGCACUGAUUUUUGUUGUUCUUGAGACAAGAUUUCUCUGUGUGGCCCUGGGUAUCCAGACCUCACUAUGUAGAGCAGGAUAGCUUCAAAGUCAAAGACAUCUUCCUGUCUCUGCUUCCUGAGUGCUGGGAUUAAAGGUUCAUGGCACCAACA